AUGACCCAGAGUUGGCAGCAUCAGCCUGAGGACAGACCCAACUUCUCCACUAUUCUGGAGAGAAUCGACUACUGCUUACAGGACCCUGAUGUGGUGACGACUCCUCUGCCCAUCGAGUACGGCCCUGUCCCAGAGGAGGAGGAGAGAGCCGGGCAGCCAGAGGACCAGAUGACCCCUGCUGUGGUGGUGAAAGCCCAGGUGCCUGAUGGGGAGGGUCUGAAGCCCCCGUCGUACCCCUGUGAAGAGCACAGAGCAGAGAGCAGCGAGGCCAAAGCACAGCCCUGUCUUCUGCCCCACACACAGACCACCGUCACCAUGACAACUGCGGUCACCUCUACACCCACAUCUGCACUCUCCUCCAAGGGCCCACAGGUGUGCACACAGCCCCCCACAGAGGGGGGCCACGUGAACCCUGCCUUCACCCAGGGCCACACUGUGGAUCGAGAGCACAGCGCAGGGAAGAACACCACCCUCUGGAACCCCACCUACGGCUCCUGGUUCCUGCAGCAGCAGCAGAGGAAGCAGCAGCAGCAGCAGCAGCAGCAGCAGCGGCAGGCUGCGGUGGGGGCCGUGAGCAGUGUGGGGGGGGUCACAGCAGGCAGAGUGCCCGGGGAGGGGCAGGAGCAUGUGGGCCGGACUGUAGCCGAGGUGGCCGGAGCUCUGGGCCUGCAGCACCAGCACAAGAUCCAGCAGCAGCUGCAGAUGCUGCACCAGCAGCAGGGCAUGUGCAGACCCCUGCUGCCCCCUCCUCAUCCUCCUGCUGCCCAGUCCCCCCUCCUGCUGGACGCCAACACCCUGCCCCCUGUGCCCCUCUACAGACUCAGGCGCUUCCCCUGUGGAAACAUCGGCUAUGGAUACCAGGAGCAAGGGCUGCCUAUGGACCCCAGUGCGGCCCCCCACACACGGGGACCCAUCCCCAGCUCCCUGGGCAGACCGGGCGGGUCUGAGGACAACAGGCCCCUGCUGGUCACUAUGGGGACAGUGCAGGACCCCCGGCUGCCCCGGAUGGAGGGCCACAACGCCACAGUGCUUUAG